CUAUAGAAAAACUGAAUUUAAAUAUCUACAAUUGAUCUCAGAUAUUUUUAAUAAUCUAUAUUUUCAAUGUUUAUAUUGUAAAGGGCCUCAGCUGCAUUGUCACGUGCAGUCUUCGUCGUAAUGUACUUAACUAUCUCCGCUCCGCCAUGGGUUUCUUCUCUGUGAGUCCCAUAUUCUGUGUCACCUUCGUCAAACUAUGACUUCAAUAAAAGCGUCCUUAACGAACAUUCGGUCCCGGAUAACGAAGCUCUUUGGGUCACUUUCUCACUUCGCAUCAUUAGAGCGUGUGAACUCAUACCCAGUCGCAGAAGAACCAGACUAUUACAAAGCCGGGGGUUUCCAUCCCAUUUCCCUAGGUGACACCCUCGGUUCUGGUCAAUACACUGUCCUGAGGAAGUUGGGAUAUGGACAGUAUUCGACAGUUUGGCUUGCUAGGGAUUAUAAAUUCGUAGCACUCAAGGUGCUGAGGGCGGACUGUUACGGCGGGUCUCAUAAUAUCUUCGAGAGAGAAAUCCUACUGAAAAUCCUGGAGAUCUCUGGAAAAAGCUCUCACGAAGGUCGCAACUAUGUGUCAGGUCUUCUGGACCAUUUCAAACAGAAAGGGCCUAAUGGAGAUCAUGUGUGUUUUGUAUUCGACGUACUUGGCCAUCAUCUGGAUUUUCAGGCUGCCAAAUACGAAGAUGGGAAACUACCCGUGAAGGCGAUGAAAAUGAUUUCGCGGCAGCUUCUGCUUGGGCUCGAUUUCCUCCACAGAGAGUGUGGCAUCAUUCAUACCGAUUUAAAACCAACGAAUAUCCUUCUCGAGCUGGAACGUCCGAACAAUGCCGUUGCCCAGUACUUGUCGGCAGUUCCCCCGCGAACCGAUCAUCGACGUGCACUCCGGGAGGUUAUCUCGACCCCGCUCAUCUCGGAAAUGCAAAAGCCUCAUGUCAGGAUCAUCGACUUCGGCGUGGCGUCUUGGAUAGAAAAACAUCUGUCAGACCUAAUCCAGUCGCCCGCUAUGAGGGCACCCGAGGUGACUAUCGGCGCUCCUUGGGACGUUGGAGUCGAUAUAUGGAGUCUUGGAUGCCUUAUCGUGGAGUUUGUUCAAGGAAUAAUUCCUUUCUCCGGUGAGGCAUCGAGAACUGGGUCAUGGACUGCUGAAGACGAUCACCUGGCAAGGAUCAUGGAGGUCCUUGGCCCGUUCCCACUUCAGUUCAUUAAAAGGGGGCAUCGCGCACCGCACUUUUUUGACGAAAAAGGGAAUCUUCGUCGAAUUCGGCACUUGAAACCCACAAGCCUUGAACAUCUGAUAAACGGCACAACAAAACCUUUCCUGAAACCUCGCGAUAUGCCCGAUGCUGAAGUCCCUGUGUUCGUCGAUUUCCUUAGAUGCAUGCUUGCAAUCGAUCCCGAGUCUCGAAAAUCGGCGGCAGAACUGCUGCAACACGAAUGGCUUAAUCUGUUGUAGCCAGGAAAUAGCUGUGGGGGGAGGGUUUCGGAUGCACGUCUGAAAUAUGCCAAUAUGCAUUAGCAACUUCUCCACUCCUGCUUAGGAAUAUGGUGCACCAAGGUCGCCCUGUCCAGCAUCAUGCAGCUGUCCCUGAGGGCUUUGGGAAGGUCAGUGCCAUACUGAUUGAUUACGGAGCAAGUGUAUAUAUCGUAAACUAUAUCUACUCUGGAACUAAGUUGAGUUUCUGAAAGACUCAAAUGCGGCAAUCUCCCCUAUCAACUGCCAUUCAGUGUGGCUCAAGCCCUUGUUACUGUUGUCCAAGCUCACGAUUUUUACAGGACGGCGUAUCGGGAGACUAUUUACCUGGGACGGCAAAACCAACCACAAUAGGGAAUUUGCAGGUCCUCGCUUUGCAAACAUACAUCUUAAAUAUCUAUAGAAAAAAC